AUGAAGGCCUUCAUGGAACCUGAAAACCAAAAAAUCUCUAAACUGCCCAAAAACUAUACAAUACCUAAAAAAUGUGCGGUAACAGAUUAUAAAACAUCUUCGGGUGUUCUUCUGCUGAUAGGUGGGUGUGAUCUUUACGUUGGAGCACCGUAUUAUGUAAGCAAGGCUGCAUACGCUACAGGCAUCGAUUUGUGUUAUGUACUGUGUGAUGGCAGUGCACUGAUACCAUUGAAAACACUUUUGCCAGAGUGUAUAAUUCUGAGUUUUGACCAAUUCAAAUUUGAAAAACACGAAUUUCUCUUGAGACGAAUUACUUGCUGUGUCCUAGGAUCGGGGUUAGGACGGUUGGAUGAACGUGCUGAAGCUUUUGUAAAAGGAAUAGUCGACAAAAUUCGUGUUCCUUUGAUUGUUGAUGGUGAUGGUUUGCAUCUUUGGGACAAAGUCAAUUUUACAUAUUCUGGCACCGUGAUCUUUACACCUAACAGAAAUGAAAGCGAGAAGUAUCUGAAGAAAGUUGAUUUAAAGAAGGACAUCGUGCUGAAAAAAGGACCGGUCGAUACCAUACUUCAUGGCAGUUCUGAAAUAGUGAUAAGUAACAAAUCGGGGUUGCGACGAUGUGGUGGUAUAGGAGAUGUACUUUGUGGCUUGCUGGCGUAUCUGACCAAUGUUUACGAUGAUAAGGUGCUGGCUUGUCAAUAUGCAUCGCUUAUCGUGAGAAAAGCUUCAUACAAGGUGUUCAAGAAAAUAGGGCGAUCUACAAUGCCUAAAAAUAUUAUAUCUCAGGUGCGUGCUAUGAAGCUAUGAUCAAUCGGCCAUUAAAUACUGGUG